ACACUGCUUUUCUAUGUUAUAUUAUACUGCCGGUUUCAUUGGUGAAGUCAGACAGUAUUCGUCGUGUGAAGCGGAAAGAAGUGUGUUUGUUGACUACAAGCAGGAAAUAUUUGUUAAGCUUAAAGUUUAUAUAUAUUAAAAAAAAAUAAAAUGCGUGAAAUUGUACACAUCCAAGCUGGUCAGUGCGGCAACCAAAUUGGAGCUAAGUUCUGGGAAAUAAUUUCCGAUGAGCAUGGCAUCGAUGCGACUGGCGCUUACCAUGGUGACAGCGAUCUGCAGCUGGAGCGCAUCAAUGUGUACUACAAUGAGGCGUCCGGUGGCAAAUAUGUGCCCCGUGCUGUCUUAGUUGAUCUGGAGCCUGGCACCAUGGACUCGGUUCGCUCGGGCCCAUUCGGCCAGAUCUUCAGACCCGAUAACUUUGUGUUCGGCCAGUCUGGUGCUGGCAACAACUGGGCCAAGGGCCAUUACACAGAGGGCGCUGAGCUUGUUGAUUCGGUGCUCGAUGUUGUGCGCAAAGAGGCUGAAUCGUGCGAUUGCCUGCAAGGCUUCCAGCUAACACACUCCCUGGGCGGCGGCACUGGUUCCGGCAUGGGUACCCUGCUCAUUUCCAAGAUCCGUGAGGAGUACCCCGACAGAAUCAUGAACACAUACUCGGUUGUGCCCUCGCCAAAGGUAUCGGACACCGUUGUGGAGCCCUACAAUGCAACGCUGUCGGUCCAUCAGCUGGUUGAAAACACAGACGAGACCUACUGUAUCGAUAAUGAGGCCCUCUACGAUAUCUGCUUCCGUACACUCAAGCUGACGACCCCAACAUACGGUGACUUGAACCAUCUCGUCUCCCUGACAAUGUCUGGCGUCACCACUUGCCUCCGCUUCCCUGGCCAACUGAAUGCUGAUCUCCGCAAACUGGCAGUCAACAUGGUUCCAUUCCCACGUCUGCAUUUCUUCAUGCCUGGCUUUGCGCCCCUGACAUCCCGUGGCUCCCAGCAAUAUCGUGCACUGACCGUUCCCGAGCUGACUCAACAGAUGUUCGAUGCCAAGAACAUGAUGGCUGCAUGCGAUCCUCGUCAUGGACGUUAUCUGACCGUCGCUGCCAUCUUCCGUGGACGCAUGUCCAUGAAGGAGGUCGACGAACAGAUGCUGAACAUCCAGAACAAGAACAGCUCAUACUUUGUUGAAUGGAUCCCCAACAAUGUGAAGACCGCUGUGUGCGACAUCCCGCCCCGUGGUCUGAAAAUGUCGGCUACCUUCAUUGGUAACUCGACCGCCAUCCAGGAGCUGUUCAAGCGCAUCUCUGAGCAGUUUACGGCUAUGUUCCGUCGCAAGGCUUUCUUGCAUUGGUACACUGGCGAGGGUAUGGAUGAGAUGGAGUUCACUGAGGCAGAGAGCAACAUGAACGACUUGGUGUCUGAAUACCAGCAGUACCAGGAGGCAACCGCCGAUGAGGACGCUGAAUUCGAGGAGGAGCAGGAGGCUGAGGUGGAUGAGAACUAAAAUGUGUCGUCGAACGUUGCGUCAAAAUAAAAACGAGAACAAAAUUAAGUUUAAAAAAAAAUAAUGAUUGUUCUUUUCACGUCGUAGCCCCCAAUAAAGUCGAAAUUAUUUCUUCUAAAAAUCGAAUAAAUUGAA